GAUAUAAGCGGCCCGAAUGUUAUUCUGUAUGCUUCGACACGCGUUGCUAUGACAGUCCGAGACCCGUCCAGUGUAAACACAGGUCGCACAUGACUCACCUUAAAAAGCGUCGAUGAUGAUUUGGUGGAAAAUAAUACCAGAUAUCUCUCAAAAUGUACAUCUCUUCUGACUUUCGCAGAAUGCCAACUGAUCUCUUUCGACGAUGGACAAUUGCCCUACUCUUUUGGUCGUGGCUUUCCGUUCUCUUUGACGGGAGCAAUAUUGGGGCGCUCGCCAAGUCUACCAUUCAUCAUGAGAAUGACGAUACCUUGUACCGUCCUGGGGCUUCUUUCACCGACCAAGUCUCGUUUGACAACUACAGUUUGUCGCUACGUGGUCAAAGGAUCUUCUUACACUCCGGGGAAUUCCACACAUUUCGGUUACCUGUCCCGUCCUUAUGGCCCGACAUCUUGCAAAAGGUCAAGGCAUCGGGUCUGAACGCAGUCAGUGUCUACGUUCACAUGGGUCUCCUCAACCCAUCGCGCGGUGUGGUGGACUUUGACGGCUUUCGAGUGCUGAAGCCGCUAUACGAGGCCGCUUUGGAAGCGGGUAUAUGGAUCGCUCUAUGUCCUGAGACUUCUGCAGGCGAUAUAGCACAUUGGGCCACGUCAGAGGUAGCUGGAAUGCUGCGAACAAGUACUCCCGACUGGAGAGAAGCAUGGAUGGAUUAUAUUCUCGGGAUCAUCAAAGAAACAACGCCGUAUCAAAUUACCGAAGGAGGGCCAGUUAUUGCUAUACAGAUUGAUAACGAAUUCACUCAAAGUGUCGGAGGAGAGUAUUUUGCUGAGCUUGAAGAAGUUUAUCAGAAUUCAAGUAUCGUAUUGCCCCUUACCUACAAUGACCCAGGACAGGGUCGCAACUUCGUCAAUGGGACUAGUGCUGUCGAUCUUUACGAACUCGAUUCUUAUCCUCAAGGCUUCGAUUGCUCUCAUCCCUUGGACUGGCAGGCGGUGCCCUUGGACUACCAUCAAUAUCACGAAGAAGUCAAUCCAUCUCAACCCUGGUAUUUCCCCGAGUUCCAGGGAGGUGCGGUCGAUGGUUGGGGACCAGCUGCACCAGCCAUCUUGGGCUAUUCUUCUUGCGCCGUCCUAACGGGCACCGACUUCAUGUCUGUUUUCUACCUUCAGCUAUGGGCUAGCAAUGCGAAGUUGUUCAGUUACUAUAUGCUUUACGGGUUUGUUUACACCUCAUACGACUACGGCGCCUCCCUGAAGAGACAAGGCCUAUUCGUCCGAAGCUCGCCGGAAUUCUACAAGACAGAUUGGAUUGCUGACAGCUCCACGGGUCUUUCAAUACUGUCGUCUGAUACGGUCUUUGCGACUUACCUCCUCAACCCUGAUACACAAUCUGGAUUCUACAUUGUAAGGCAUAACGAUUCCACCUCGACUGAUAUCACCGACUUCAAGAUUAACGUUGCUACAGCAGAGGGUGACCUUCAGAUACCCAUUGUCGCUUCAGCGGUUAUCCUUGGUGGACGACAGUCUAAAGUGAUCGUGACCAACUACGCGUUUGGCUCCUCACAAUUGUUAGAUAUCCUCUUCAUCUAUGGCGAUACUUCCCAGGAACAUGAAAUCGCCUUACUACUCACAGGUCGUGCUUUCAGAAAGAAUUAUGAUAUCUCCUCAUUCCGAGCCAUGCUCACACCGAGUUGCGUCAUUACAAUCUUCUCUUUCCCUACUUUGGUGUUAUUUGCCGACUCUGACACGGUUGCCACCUUCUGGGCACCUUCCAUCAUCGUGGGCGGACCGUAUCUCGUGCACUUGGCUAGCAUAUCAGGAACGGAGCUUGCGUUGAAAGGCGACCUCAAUGCCAGUACCCCGUUGACAAUCAUAGCUCCUGCUGUGGUUAGCUCUGUGACAUGGAAUGGUGCUGCGUUAUCGGUGAAUGUGUCCUCAUCCUUGACUGCAAUCGGAGGCCUAGUAGGGGAACUCUCAUUGUCGUCGGCAUCCGUGGACAUCGCAGUGGCUCCGACAUUAGAGGGAUGGAAAUUCGACGAUGGUUCGUUUGUCGUUGCGAACCAUACCACGACCAAUAUCCCUCGUAAACCAUAUUAUUCCGACGGGACAAUUUUGUACGGAUGUGACUACGGGUUCUGUGAAAAUGUUCAGAGUCUGAAUCUCUCUAUAAACGGUGGCUCGGCCUUUGCCGCAAGUGUUUGGCUCAAUAAUGUCUUUUUGAAAACAUCUUAUGGAAAUUCUACCAAUAACAUAAAUAUUCUCGAGGAGACGGAUGCCGUAUUCACUUUCCCAGAAGGCGCUGUUUUACAUGGCGAUAAUGUCAUCACAAUAGUCCAGGAUAACAUGGGCCUGAAUGAGACUUCCGGAACAAAUCCCGAUUCUUCUAAAAGUCCUCGUGGCAUUCGCGGAUUCCAGCUCAACUCCAGCAAGUUCACGCAGUGGCGGGUUCAGGGGAAAAUCGGGGGAUAUACUGACUAUACCCGUGGCGUGUUCAACGAAGGAGGUCUUUACGGCGAGCGUAAAGGCUGGCACUUGCCUGGGUUCGACACGUCGUCAUGGGAGGCGUUGGCUUCUUUCGUGAGGACAUUCGAUCUGCACAUUCCAGAAGGUUUUGACCCGCUCGGUCAAACCUACCGGGCGUACCUGUUUGUGAAUGGAUGGAUGAUGAGCAAGCGCAUCGGGAAACCUAGGGUAAACUGGACGCCGCAAGCUAAAUUCCCGGUUCAUCAAGGCAUUCUGGAUUACAGCGGAACCAACACCGUCGCUGUUGCACUGUGGGCAAUGGAGGCUAAUGCAACUAUUGCCCCUGACCUGCAGUUGAGUGGGCUGGACGGCAUAGUUACGAACAAUCCUCGGUGGUCUCCCGCAGGUCGUGUAUGA